CAUCCUAUUAAAAAUAGCCAGUUGCAAAAAUAAUAAACCCUUUAAAAAGGUUUUUAAAAAAACUAAAAUUAUUUACAUUUUUUAGCAAAUUAUUAAACGCGUAGAGAGGAAAUAAGCUAGUCAGUAUAAAUUGCUUUAAAAUAGUCCGUCGUAAGUACAUUAUGUAAAUGUAAAAGUUUACGAUAUCCAUUUUUUUUUAGUUUAUAUAAACUAUAUUACUGAAACAAUAAAUGAUUUAACAACGGGAUGUGUAGUUUGUUCUUUGCUUCCGCCGUGUCUUUUGUAUGGCGCAUGCUUGCGUGAACUUUACCCUGUCCGUGUGGAUCUGACAGAGCACCAAACCGGAUUUAUAACUUGUGAAUAUGCAUCACUUUUAGAGCAUUUUAGUAUUUUACAACUGAAUUAUUUACAAUAAUCGCGUGUUGGGCGCUAUAUUAAACUGCUGCUGUCAAAAUGGAAACUUUUAUCAGCUUUACUAACCAAAGUCAAGGAAGGGAUCGCAUAUUCAGGGCGACCCAGUAUGCAUGUGCUUUGGCGAAAUACCUACUGAGAAAUGAAGCGAAAAGAAAUGAGCUGGUGAAAAAGCUGCAGUCUUUGGAGUCGAAUAUGAGCUCUGGUCGAAAACUACUCAGGCUCGGGAACACUGUGAACUCCGUCCAUGCGGUCGAAAGCGCUCUUCAUAUUUCUGACCCCGUGCUGCGCCUGUGCCUCACUUUUGCUAACCUCAACCGUGCCCUCUACUUCAUCUGCGACAACCUACUUUGGGCCAGAAGUAUUGGACUCAUACGAGACAUCAACAAGGAGCGCUGGAGUCUGAAUGCCUCUCGCUUCUAUUUUCUCUCCUUGAUCAUGAAUCUCACCAGAGAUGUCUAUGCCAUCACUCAGCUUAUGGCGCAGACGUCUCGGGAUAGACACUACCAGCACAAAGUCAACCAGCAUCUCAACGAAAGCCCAGAUGUGGCAUGUGUCGUUGUGCCUCAGCUUGAUGCUUUCCUCUUUCUGCUGAUCGAGAGCCUCAAAAGUCACCCAUCUGUGGCUCUCGAUACACUAAAAAACGUUUGCGAUCUUUUCAUUCCUCUUGACAGGCUUGGUAUUUUCCAGACAAAUGCGGGGGUGGUCGGUUUCUGUGGUCUUAUUUCUUCAGUUUUAGGCAUACUGUCUGUUCUGAGGCCCAACCUUAAAAUCAAGCCAUGAUUUAGGGAAUUUGUUUUCUAAUUUAUGUUUCAGAGUAACAUGACUAACAUAUAGCAUUUCAAUGCGUGAGCGGCUGGAUUAAGACUUCUGUUCACAAACACACACUGUUGUGAAGGGAUCAACUUAAAUUUUGCUCAAAUUUAGAUAUCAGGAUAGUACAUGUUACUUUGAAUUCAUGUAAGGGAUAUUUGAUAUUUUGCAGCGUGCACAUGUGACCCGUGCUGCAUACACUUUCAUUAAAUAGAGUGCCUUGAUGUAUCUGUCAUUGAAUUUGGAUCAUACAAGACCAAGAGAAAUAAUAAACCUGUCAUUUGCACAUUUUAAAUAUUUUAAUAUAGAAAAUAUCACUGGAAUAAGAAUAAAUUGAAAGAACAGGGUAGAUUAACAUAUUUUGCAAAUGUAAUGUAUUUACAGACAUCUCUUCAGGUAACAGGUGUUGCACUGUGAGCAGAUGCUGAACUUUCUUAAACAUUUGCUUAACAUUUAGGUGUAGAGCCAUCUGUGGAAUAUUCUACCUCGACCCGCUAGAUCCCGUAUUUGUUUACAGAGCUAUAUUACAGAAUAACAAAGGUGAUACUUUUCUUACUUUAGGGGUCAGAUUUUGUCAUCCAAUGAUUUUUAACUUUGGUUUCUCAUUACAAAAGACUACUUUGCUUUAUAGUUUUGUUUAUCUGCCCAAACUGCUCUAAGCUUAAACUGUGAACUGAAAUAAAGAACAUU